AAACGUCAAUCAGUCAACACUUUAAUAUCAAUCAAAAUUUUAUUUUUACUUUUUUUCUAAUAUUCAUUUAAUUAAUUUCUAUAUUCUAAAGUCUAUAUUAUGAUUAAGAAGUUAAUUCUAGACUAAAAGUGACACUCAUAUAUUCUCACUUUACGAAAAUGUAUUGUGUAAUAAAUCGCCUUCUUCAAAUACCUAGAGAAAUAAAGGCAUUCCAAAAAUUUUCAUCUUUUCAAAUUGGUGCUAAAAUUGUUUCAUUACCCUCUGAUAAUUCAAAUAAAGUGCGCAGGAAUUAUAGUAAUGUUCGCAAUUGGGAAUCUCUGCGUCGAUAUUCUAAUAAAUACAUAUGCUACGCUGUCCUUUUCAGCGCUAUAUCUUACACCACUUAUAGGAUAUGGUUGAGAAAUCAAAUAUUGCCAUCUAUAACAGCAGCUGAAGAAAUUUCAGAUUCUGAAUCUGAUAAUGAAACUGAUACUAAAAAGAAACGAUACAGAAAAGAAAAGAUAGGCUUUAGAGACAGGAAGAUUAUUGAAUAUGAAAAUCGCAUGCGUCAAUAUUCUACACCAGACAAAGUAUUUCGAUACUUUGCAACUCUUCAAGCUCAGCAUCAUGAUCAACAUGAAGUUUUCAUGACGCCUGAUGAUUUUCUACGAUCAAUGACCCCUGGUGUCAAACAACCUGAUGGUUUGGGGCUUGACCAGUACCGAAGAUAUGAUCCUAAGAGCAUCAGUCAACGUCUGAACCUAGAUCUUGAUGAAGAUUCAAUUUUUUAUAAACUUGGAUCUUCGGGACUCAUCACGUUUAGCGACUACAUCUUUCUUCUAACUGUGCUGUCCACAUCUCGUCGCCACUUCGAAAUCGCGUUCCGGAUGUUUGACCUGAACGGCGACGGUGAUGUGGACUGCGAGGAGUUUGAGAAGGUGGCAGCUCUCAUCCGCCAGCAAAGCAGUAUCGGCUCUCGGCACAGAGACCACGCGAAUACCGGAAACACUUUUAAAGGAAUUAAUUCAGCUCUGACAACUUACUUCUUUGGUCCCAAACUCAAUCAAAAAUUGACCAUAGAAAAGUUUCUAGAUUUCCAGCAACAGCUACAAAAAGAAAUUUUAUCGUUAGAAUUUCAGAGAAAGCAACCAGAUGAAAAUGGGCGUAUUACUGAAGCAGAUUUUGCUGAAUUGCUUUUAGCAUACGCAGGCUAUCCCGCCAAAAAGAAGUCUAGAAUGCUCAAACGUGUUAAAAAAGCUUUCCGAGACCACGGCGUCGGUAUCACAAAAGAUGAUUACCUCAAGUUCUUCCACUUGUUGAACAACAUAAAUGACGUGGACACCGCGCUGACUUUCUACCACAUCGCCGGCGCUUCCAUCGACCAGCCGACCCUGCGCCACGUGGCCAAGACCGUGGCGCAUGUGGACCUGGACCCACACGUCAUCAAUGUAGUCUUCACUAUAUUCGAUGAGAACAUGGAUGGUCAACUGAGCAAUAGAGAAUUCGUGGCAGUGAUGAAGAAUCGACUACUGCGCGGCUUAGAAAAACCCAAAGAUACCGGUUUCGUUAAACUAAUGCACUCGCUCAUCAAAUGUGCUCGGGACACAAAGCCUGCUAUAUUAGACUUCUAAGUAAUAUUAGAUCUGAUUUAUAAUAACGUAAGAACUGACGAAUAUCGAAUAAUAUGUAUAAUUGUUCUAUAUAUGUACAAAGUCGGUUAUUCUAUACAUUGUUACUUUAUUACCUAAAGAUUCGAAUUUAUAUGUAAAGUUUAUUUCUAAUUUAACUUUAAGAUUAUUUUGUUUAGAAUUGAUAUAUACAUUUUUUACAUGCUUUUAUGCUUCACUUUGUUAAUUUUUAUAUAGAAUUGUUGACUUUAUUUUUUACUUUAUGUUUAGUAUAUAAGCAACAUUAUUUUCUUAUUUGUAAUUUAUGUAAGUAAUCAUAAAAACAAAAUUUUGAUAAAUAAGAGAUUGAGAUAUUUCUCUUCAAAAACAGACUUCAAAAAAGGAGGCUCUCAAUUCUGUUGUAUUUUUUUAUGUUUCUUACCUCAUAGAUCUAUCAAAUGUAAUAUAAUCUAAUUUUAUUGAAUUCAUGGCAACUACAUGUAGGUAUAAUUCCUUUUUGCGAUCAAUAGAAGACAGAUAAUAUUUACAAGAAUCUUUGAUACAUAUUUUCCAUUUCAACACGACAAUAUUUGUCACGCUAUAUAUUAAUCUAUAAUAUUCAAUAUAUAUGUAAUGUAAUUAUAAGACAAUAUUAUUAGUCAUUGUAUAAACACAUUAAAGAUACUUUUUAUUGCUUAAUCUUUUGAACGCUUGAAUUUGUAGCAAUUGUUAUGCCUCUAGCGCCCGACACAAAUAAAUAUUUUUAUGUUGUACUUGGUUUUAUAAAUAUUUCUAACCGUCUUAAUGUAAUAGGUAAAUAAAUAGACUGGAAUAAAGUCAAACAUUAAGCACAGAUACUUUGACAGAUAAAUCCGACAUAUCGUUACGGGCAUGACAAUUUUUGUCAGGUAAAUCCGACUGGACUAUUAAAAGAUUAAACUUUAAUGAUUAUUAAUAAAUUUAUAAGGAAAAUAAUUAUUCUAAAAUUUCUCCAAGAUAUACAUUUCUCAUUACUCUAGUCAGCCAUAUUUGUGAUGGAUUGUUUAUUUUGUAUAUGAAUUGCGCAUGCCUACCGGUAUGUCGAAAUCGUGCCGACAAAUAGUUACCAUUUGUACUGCUAUUAUAAAAUGCUUUUAAGUUUGCUUAUUUGUAUGGGUUUUUAACCGAUUUAUUUAUUUAUUCAGAACAUUUACAAUAUUUGACUUUACACGGAACAAACUUAUAAACCUUUCAAUAAGAAAACGCCUUGUGGCGUUUACAAGGAGUUUACAAUUCGACUAUGAAUUUGUAUGCAUUUUAUGUUAUAUCUUCGCCAAUUCUAAAACAAUUUUGAUGUUUUUCUUUUAAACUAUCUAUCGUGUUCGUUUAUUAAUACUGCUGUCAAAAUUAAAGAUUUUUAGUAAAAAUAUCUGACUAAUAAUAUUUCAUUUACGAUAAUACCAUUAAUAAUUAUAAAUAUCCAAUAAUGGUAUUAAUAAAAUACUGCAAACCUUUUUAAAGAGUGUGGGUAAUUAUAACUAUAAAUAUAAAUCAUUGCAGGAUCGCAUCCCUACAAAUAAUGUUUUUAAGCGAAUUCAAAUAAAAAUGUAAAAUUAUUGUUAAACGAUCUUGUUUUGACACAUGUUCCUUGUGGAGUUGACUAUAUAUAUUUUAAUACAUUUUUCUUACAGCUCAUAAGUAUAAUUAAAUAUUUAUACUUUAUGUUUAUGUGUUUUAUAAUAGUGCAUUGUAUGUUAUUUUAAAAUAAAUUAAUACCUUGCCACGGUCGGUAUGCGCGAUAUAUAUAGUUUUAAUAUAAUUUUUGUUUUCCAUAAUGUAAGUAUAAAGAAGUCUUCGAAUACAUUAAAUUUAAUAGAA